ACAAUAUUCUAGGGUAAUCCCCUAGUGUAUGAUUCAUUCUUGGACUGAAAAGAACAAGUGUUUGAGCGCAUCUGUUGUGUAUCUGAAAUAGUCUGUCAGCAUGUCUAUACAAAGGAAUGAGGAGCAAGAGGGGUCUAGGAAGGUCUGUUUGUAAGAAGACUUGAUGAUGGAGAAAAUAGACCCCUCCAUCUGUUUAGAUACGCCCUCUUUUUGACCUUCUCCUGAGACAGUGGUCACAUGAUACCCAGUACUUUAAAAGGCAGUGCCAGGGCCCCCUGGAGUCCCUGUAUUGCCCCAAACACAACUGCUCUGUCUUCAGCUACUGUCUGUGAGCUUCCAUCAUGUCAGACACUGAGGAGAUCGUAGAGGAGUUUGAACAGGAGGAAGAGGAAGAAGUGAACGAGGACGAGGGAGAACAAGAAGAAGCAGAGGAAGAAGAGGCAGAGGAGGCGGCUGCAGAGGAAGAAGAGGAGGAAGAAGAUCUGAAUGAUGAGCCUGAGAAAAAAGAGGAGGAAGAGCACGAGGAAGACUCCAGACGACGGCAUAAAACAACAUAUGUGCCAAACAUUGCUCCUCCAAAACUCCCGGAUGGUGAGAAAGUGGAUUUUGAUGAUCUCCAUCGUAAGAGGCUAGAGAAGGACUUCAAUGACCUCCAGACACUGAUAGAACUACACUUCUCUAACCGGCAAAAGGAAGAAGAGGAACUAGUUGCGCUGCGUAACCGCAUCGAGCGCAGACGCGCUGAUCGCGCGGAGCAACAGCGAGUCCGCGCAGAACAGGAACGCGAGCGCCAGACGCGCCUGGCUGAGGAGAAAGCUCGGCGUGAAGAAGAGGCUGCUAAGCUGCGAGCAGAGGAAGAAGCUAAGAAGAAAAAAAUAUUCACCAACAAGUCUUUUGGUGGCUAUCUCCAAAAAGUGGACCAGAAGAAGGGCAAAAAGCUUACCGCGCGAGAGGAGAAAAAGAAGGCCUUGUUAGAGCGCCGUAAGCCGCUAAAUAUUGACCAUCUUAACCAGGAAAAACUAGUGGAGAAGGCCCAGGACCUUUGGCAGUGGCUCCAUCAGCUGCACGCUGAGAAGUUUGAGCUGGCUGAGAAACUCAAGCGGCAGAAGUACGACAUCUACGUUCUGCGCAACAGAGUAAGCGAUCACCAAAGGGGCUCCAAAGCAUCCAAGACCACUCGAGGGGCCAAGGGUAAAUCUGGAUCCUGGAAAUGAGAAAGACGAGCCCAAUAGAACUGAAAAAUCUGUGAUUUAUGGACUUUAGGCUUACAUGAGUGCACAACAUUGUAUUAGGCUAUCAAGUUCCCCACCUUGUAAAUUGACAUUUAGUUCAAAGGAGAUAAAAACAAGCCGAGGUGAAUAAUUCUAGGGUACACUACCAUUAAUGUGUUACCAUUAAUCUAUGUGAUUUGUUUUUGCUCCCAAGUCCCUUUUAUUUUCUCUCCCCAGCAUUGUUUAACUUUUGAA